AUGAUAACAACAAAAACAAUAAAAUCUGCUUUAUCUGCAAACAGUACAGACAUUCCACGAGGUACUGUAGAGCACCAAGAUUCAAACCACUCGCAACUAGAAAAAGCCAAAAUACACGCAUUUCUAAACGUACAGAAAGUACAAAAAGUAGCAUGGAGUGAAGAAGAUGAGGCCUUAGUUGCAGCCAAAAUCCUGGGAGAACUCUCAGACUUAAUAGCAAAAUUAAUUGAAGAGCUUAAUUAUGAUUUUUAUUGGGCUGUUAAUGAAACCUCAAAAAUUUUUUCAAAAGUUCAGGAAGAUUCAUACGAUGGCGAUGAUCUUAAAGAUUAUGACCUUGGAGAGCGUGAUAACUCUAUGGAAGUCGAUGAUACGUCAUCACCUGUGCCUCCACAACAUGAAUAA